CAGUGAGUUGUUGUUAGUACUGUCACUAAUCUGGGAUCCAUCAUGCGGUACAAAAUUGUCAUCAUAUUAUUUCAUAGGUAUGGUAUCUUUGCAAAAUCCAAAUAAAGCCCCCCUUCCUCCCUUUUUCUACCCUCUUCUUUUCUAUAUCUUCGGAAGGUGACUGGUUUAUCAUCUGCCUCGAACAUAGAAUAGCAUCACCCCCAAAGCUAAAGGCACAUAAAGAGAGGAGAGAAGAUGUGGGGAGCAAGUGUAACUGCUGUAAUGGUUUCAACAGAGUUCUUGGAGGUGGGCUUAAACACUGUAAAUAAGGCUGCCAUGAACAGAGGACUCAGUGAUUUUGUCCUAGUUUUGUACUCAAACAUCCUUGCCAUCUUCAUUCUUGCUCCGUGCAUCUUCAUCUUCUAUAGAAAAAGAACCCCCCCUCUUCUUACAUGGUCCAGCAUCUGCAAAAUUUUCCUUCUAGGCGUGCUCAGUUAUGCUGGACAGAUAUGCGCAUAUACUGGACUAGGAUAUGGCUCUCCAACUCUGGCCUCGGCCAUGGCUGAUCUCUCUCCAGCCUUCACUUUCUUAUUUUCCAUCAUUUCUAGGAUGGAAAAGCUGGACUUGGGAAUCAAAAGCAGUCAGGCAAAGUCUUUGGGCACUCUGGUAUCAAUCUCGGGGGCAUUGGUUGUGACUUUAUACAAAGGCCUGCCACUUACCAGUACUCCAUCCAAUAAUAGAUUGCUUGGCGAACUUCUUCUGAUUCCUCAAUCAAACUGGGUUAUUGGAGGCAUUUUCCUUGCAUCUCAUAGUGUUAUCUUUGCAAUUAUACUCAAUGUUCAGACUUGGAUUAUAAGGCGCUACCCUGCGGAGAUGAUUGUAACACUCAUUUGUAGCAUCUUUGUCUGCAUACUAUCCUCGCUUGUCUCGCUGAUUGUAGAGAAGGACCCAAAUGCUUGGAGACUCGGGCUAAAUAUGGAGUUAAUAGCUAUUGUCUACACGGCAGCUUUCGCGGUAGCAUUUCGAAGUGUUGUUCACAAAUGGGCAUUGCGCAGGAAAGGACCUAUCUAUGUUGCCAUGUUUAAGCCACUUGGGAUGGUCAUUGCCCUUGCUAUGGGGGUAACCCUUCUUGGUGACACACUUUAUCUUGGGAGUUUACUGGGAGCAGCCAUAAUAGCUAUUGGAUUUUAUGCUGUGAUUUGGGGGCAAUCCCAGGAAGAGAAAAUGGUUGAAGAUGCAGAAAUUUAUAACUCUGAACGAUCCUCAGCUAAAGAUCCUCUACUCCCAGACCGGGGCUUGGUGGCGUAGUUUAUUGAUUUUCACAAAACAUGAAAGAGGAGAGCUACUGAGAAAUCCUGAAGGAAAAAUGGAAUAAGCUCGUCAAGAUGCCCUUCUGUAUACAAGAAAUUCUCGAAAUAAAAUUGGGAUUCAGAUAGUUGAGCGUA